UGGUGUGACGACGACCGACAGCCGGUGUUGGUGCCGCGCGGCUGUGCUGUGGUGGCUGCUGCGCGCGGUGGCUUAUUUUGUCCACGGCGGCGCGUCCGCGGCAAGUUGGUUUUUGGCGCUGCGACGAGGCCGGCCUUUCACGUGCGAGAAAGAGCGAGAGCUGCUCGAGAAGGGCUCUCACGUCGACGAAAGCAGACGAUAAGCGAACGAAAGAGCGUCUGCUGCUGCCGCCGCCGCAGGCUCUUGUAUUUUUAUUACUUGCGCGAAACUGAGGUGCGCGUUUGCGCGUGCCGCUCGCGAUUUCGUUUGGGUUUCCCUGUGUGUUUGUGUGACGACGGUUGCUGCUUCGACUACGACUACGAAGCGACGGAUAGCUCGGGCUUACCUGCCGUGAUUGGAGCCCGUAGCAACCGCAGCUUGCUCGAACGCCUACCGCCGCGACUGCUCGAAGCGAAGCGAGCGUAUCGUGUUUGGAUUGGUGCGCUUCGCCGUUGCCUCGGAGAGCCCCCAGCGGAUACCUCGUGCCGAACAUCACGCUUCGUGCGCCGGGCUGCAGUGAUGAUGCGGUGACAUCGUCUGAAGCCAGCGUGCCCGUGUGUGCGUGUUCUCGGAGUUCCGCAGUGCCGCCGAGCUGAGGUUGUCGCCCCCUCGAGGGAUGAACGCGCAACUGACGGCGAGGACAUGUCGCUGAGCGAGCGGCUCAAGCCCCGGCAGCCCGCGGACCCGGGCUCGGGUUCUGUGCUGGCCCGGAGCCGGUCGUUCGCGGGCCUCCUGCACGGCGGCCACCGGCGGACCCCGAGCGCCGCCUCGGGCUCGUCCUCGGGGCAGCCGCUGCACGGCGUCGCCGCCGACGGCAGCCUGAGCAGCAGCAGUGGAGCCAGCUCCGGAUCCAGCACGCUAUCCAAGAGUUCAGUGCUAGGCCAACACCAUAGUCCGCAUGCACCUCGACGCAUCCUCCAGGGCAUUUCCUCAACGUGGUCCGGGAAACCACCUAGGUCUCCUCGGCCAGCCAGGACUCUGCUCAUCUUCAACGCCGUGGAAAGGGGCCUCAGGGAAUGUGUCAGUUUAGCACAGGAGGACAUUCUCAGCUUGAGAUCCUCCGUGGAUAAUCUGUCGCUCUCCUCAUCGCAGUCUCAGGGAAAACUUUACGAUUGCGAGAAGCAAUUGAAGGCAGCUGAGAGAUACCUCAAGCGAAUUGAGUUCCAGCUUUCUAAGGUGGAGGAGUUGCGCGAGCACUAUGAGGUGCAGCAGAGGAUGCGUGAUGGCGUGCGUAGCAUGGCGUAUGCCUAUGUGCUGUCUCCUGGCUGUGAGAAGGACAACGCUUUGCAUGGAGUUCGUUCUGGAUACCGGGAGUGCGUUGACACCCUGUGCAUUCUGGAAGCCCACUUGGAGCAGCUCAUGGGCACCCUGCAGUUCCAGAUGCGUGGAAUCCAAGGCUUUGCACGUCUCUGUGCUGGGGACAUUUUUGAGAUAAGUGUUAAGCAUGGGGACCAGAAGUGGAAGUCGCGGGGCCGCGUCCAAAAGAAUGGCCAGCAGGUCUGGGACAACCAGCAAGUCAUCAUGAAGGCCUUGCUGGGCGAAUUCCUCUACAUCAAGGCAGUGGAAGUGCGUGGCCUUGGAAAGAAUGUUCUUUUGGGCAACAAGUCCUGCGAGAUCAAGGAACUUUUCAGCUCUCAUUCACAGCUGAUGACCAUCAAUCUCAACUCAAGUGGAUCGCUCAAGCUUAAUCUGGUCAUCACAUGGAAUCCUCUUCAUGGCUGCAUGGAAGAUAAUCUCUCGGGCAGCAAGCAGUCGCCUCCAGUGCUGAGUGUGAUGAGCUCUCCUUUCACAAGACGGCGUGGCACAUCACCAUUCAGGGGUGAAACCAUCCUCGAAAGGACAGGGAGCAUGGUGCAUGAGCUGGAGACGGGACAGCGUGACUGGCGGCCUCAGGUGACCGAAUGGGAGGGGCCUCGGCGAAGGAUGACCCCGCAGGGAAGUAGCCCUGGUGGCAGCCUAGGGUCAGCUGGAAGCAUGUCUGCACCCAGCUCGACCCUGACUAGCCCGAACGAGGAGUUUCCACGAGCGGCUGCUGGUCAGACUCUUCUUGUCAACUCGUACGUGCACAACAGGCCACAGAGCCCGACACUUAGGGCUGUGGAAACUACAACUUCACAGAGGUGGUCGAGCAUGGGUGGCGACAGUGGCUCUGACUGCUGCAGCAGCCUUGACUUGGCUGAAUCGGGUGGGAAUGUGUCUCCACCUUCGUCGGCGCCGUCACCACUGCGCGAAGCCGUUCAGGGCCUGAGCUCCUGCCUCGAAGACAUCCAGGGCCACUACCCCGAGCUUCACUCACUCGAACAGAGCAUAGCCGAGCUGGAUCGCAUGCUUCGGAAACGAAGCCAUCACCGACGCGGAUCCACGGGCUCAAAUGUGAGCAUCUCUGUUGAGAGUGCCCUUGGCUGCUUCGACUUCCUCGACAGUGAAGAAACUGAGUCUUCUGAGAGCAGUCCUAUUAGGCAAAGUCCUUACAAGAUCCGGGAGACCAAGAAUGGUGGAACGGCUGACUCCGGUGUUGCGCUGCUCAAGGACCGCAAGAGUCCGAUCAGCAGCGGAUCCACCCCGAGCCCAGUCACAGUCUCCACCGGCUCAGAUCAGCUGGACUGCAUCAUCGCUGUGCAUUGUCGCUACUGCAUUCGUCUAGUUGAGAGUUUGGGCACCUUUGGACCUCUCCGGUGUCGGGAGAGGACAUCGAUAGAGAAACUUCAGCACCAGUCUCGGCUUCUGUACAAGCUGUUGCGUGUGGCAAAUAGAUUUGCUGAGGAUAGGAGGCAGCUCUAUGGAUCUCAACUGGUUGAAGAGGAUGACAUUGGUCACCUUUGGUGUCAAAUGGGCACCAACGAUGGCCUAGUGACAACCUUGGCAAGGCUGCGUGACCCACUGGCCCGACUUGUCAGGUCCCGCCUGAACAACGGCGCCAUUUCUGAAAGAGUGGUGAUGGUGGUACUUCAGAAAAUGCUGGAUAUCGCAAGGCUGGAGCCUGACAUGCUGGUGACAGUGCUGCAAUUCCAGACGUACUUUGCCCAGCUGGGCAGCACACUGUUCAUGGAUCACGUGGAGCAGUUGGAAGCUGAGCUGAAGGUCCUUGAUUCUCUAUCCUCGCGGGAGCUACCCAUCGUGAAGAGGACACUGUCGGCACUGAAGAAUGUAGUGCCUACCCGGGAGCUGGUGUUUGCCAUUUCCCAAAUUCUGGUCUGUGGAGAUCGACAGCUCUCCAAUCUAGCUGAACAAUACCUGAAGACAGCAGUGAAAGUCACUUCCAAGGCUCAGAUCUGUGUACUGCUGGUCGAAGGGUUGGAAGCUGAUGCUGCGCUCACCAGGCAAGGGUGCUGCAGGGCCCUGUCUUUUCUACAAGCUCAGGAGUACAUGGAGGAGUUGGUGCACCUCUCAUAUGCUGAUGAAGUGGCCAAAGUGCGACAACAAGCCAAAGAAGCACUAUUCUCAUUCGGAGAAGACGGGCGAAGGGAGUUCCAGCAGUCCCAGUUGGUUGCGCACGGUUUCCAGGGUUUGACUGUCAAGUAGACCUCUGUCAACAUAACCUAGACCACCACGAACAAAUGUGCGCUUGAAGAGCGUCUAUAUUUUGACACCCCCCCCCCUUUACCUUCCAAACGCCCAUGCAUGCUCUCUAGUGAUUCUAGCCUCCGGGACUUAAACGACCAAGCGAUCCAUUCUAUCUGCAGCUUGAGGCCAAGAUAUUGUUUCGUUUCAUGGCUGUUCGUAUCAGCUUCUACCAAGUUACGACCGAGCCUUUUGUUUUUGAGUUCCUGUUUAUUACUGCUGCUUUUGUAAAUAAUAUCAGGAUAUCCAGUGAGAACUCUUUUAGUUCAGGUGUUUUACGUUAUUCUUUUUUUAAUUUUUAAGCUGACCAUGCUUGUUUCAUCUGAUGUUUAUUUACUAUUUUCUUUGCUAUACUUUUUUUUAUUCUUUCCCAUCAUGCAGUGCAGUUGUGCUGAGCAGCGUUUUCUUUUUGUCUUUUUAAUUUUAGUGCAAAAAAGUUAAGAGGAAGCUUUAGCUCAGGACCCUCUGAUUUUCACAUGCAAAUCCGUGUAGAAUGCAGCAAUGCUUAGAUUAAAUUUGAAUAAAGUUAAUUGUAUAUAAGAGACAAUAUUUAAUUCUACCAGAUGUAGCAAGCAGAAUUUUGGUUCAUGGUUUCUAAUUUUUUCUAAGCUAUUGCCAAAAAUAAAGUAUUGGAAAACAAAUUUAACCUGUGGUGUACCAGAAACAGGUACCACAAGUCUAUAAACUGCAUCUGUUAUUCUGAAGAAGGCAAAAGUGACAUAUUAGUUCACAACUUAUAUGAAAUCAGCACAUUCUUUACAAUGAACUUGCAAAUGAUAUUGCUAUGGUUGAGAGCAGUGUCUAAUUCGCAAUUUUGUCCACUUUAUAUGUACGAAAAGUUGUAGUUUACAUAAUUGGGAUAUCAUUUUUACGAGUUGUAUGCUUAAUGCCUUAAUUUCUUAGUUUUCUGAUUUUCAGUAAUUUUUGUUCGGAGAUUCACAGCCUGAAUCGAUGAUCUGCUUUCUACAGUUGCUAGGUUUUAAAACUCCUUCUCUUUUAAAUGCAACAAGCCUCAUCAAAUUUGCUGUAUUAAAUGCCAAGCAAGACGAUUUUGCUGUUCUUGUGCAUUGAAUAGGAGUUUGUGAGGUAAUGCUUCCUCUUAAUGCAGUGCUUAUUGUCAGGUGUGCCUGCAUUGCUCCAUGCAUAUCAGUCGAGUGAAGCUGCGUGAGAGUUGAUGGCAUGUUCAUAGUGAUGACACAUGUUUGCUAGCUUGCCAGCGUGCCAUGUUGCUAACGGGAAUCGACAGUGCAAUGCUUGUUCCGACGGCUGAUCGAGGCACUACUGGCAGUACUUUCUCCCUACGAGCGCCACCCAUGCAGUCUAGUCAGCAAAGUUGUUUGUUUGUUAUCAUUCCAGAAAGACGAAGAAAAGUGAGCAAAAUAUUUCUUUAUUAGCAUCGAGAGAUGUUUGAGCGCCCCCCUCCUCCCCUUUUUUUUCUGUUGCCACUAAGAUGAAGCGUCUGCCAAAUCCUCGAGACCGAGUGCUGGUUUUUAAUAAACAAGUUAUUGCAUGA